AAGGCAGCAGAGUACAAAGAUGGCUGUGGUCUGAGCAACAAGUACUGAGUACUCUCACCUGUUCACCUGGUUGAUUCUCACCUGUUCUCAUUUAUGAAAUGUUGCGUCAUCAGUAUAAAAAACUAAUUGGAACCAGUUUGAUUGUUUCACUGAACCACAGAAGAAGAAAGUAGUCUGAUGAGAGAGUCUCAGUGAUGAAGAUGAUGCUACUGCUACAGGAAAUGAGAAGCCUCAUCAAAAUAAGAUGCUCCUGACUCUAUUUAGACUUUAGACUAUACAAGUGUAUAUAUAUUGUGUAUAUAUAUGUGUGUGUAUAUAUGUAUAUAAUGUCUGUCUAUCUAUGUAUGUAUCUAUCUAUCUAUCACACACAUAUAUCACUUUAACAUUUCAGAUUAAACCAGCUGUUAUUUCAUAUUCUCACUGAGAGAAUAAAACGGGGCAUUGUGACGUUCAUCAGACUUGCAGUAAUUCCAGCACACCAGGAACAGUUUGGGGUUCAAUAUCUUGCCAAAUGACACUUCAUCAUGAAGACCAGGGGAAUCAAACCAGUGACGUCUUGAUAACACGACACUGGCUGUACUCCUGAGCCACAGCAGGCAACAGUACACCUGUCCUGCUACCGUACCGUAGUAUCAGUACCUCCUCCGGUCCAGCAGGAGUAACUCUCUCUGUGUCUUCCCUCGGCGUGAACUCGUUGACCCGGAAGUGUUUCGUGUUGUUUUCCUUCCUGUAGCUGGGAGACGGAGCCCUGGACCGGGAUGUCUCUGGCAGAAGCUCCGCCGCGCUGUGGGCUCCGGGCCUUGACGGAGUCGGUGUCGGAACAGCUGGCCCGGGUGGCGGAGGAGGUCCUGGUGCUGCUAGAGAAGCGAAGCGGAGGCUCCAGGGGGUCCGGGGGCCGCCUGCUGCCCCUGGUGCGGCUGCUGCUCACGGAGCGGUUGGCGGCGGUGGCCGGGCGGAUCGUCGGGCUGCUGGAGCGGGAGGUGGAGGAGUACCGGCGGCAGCUGGAGCGGCAGAGUCGGCUGCUGAAGGCCGUGCUGAGCCCGAUGGUCCGGCUGACCCGCACAGACUCCAUCAAGGCGACCUUCGCUGAAACAGAUGACCCCCCACCAUCUGAGACUGACCCCGCCCACUCCCCCUCAGCCCCGCCCAGUGGCGCCUCCUCAGAUGCCUCAUCAGCUGGGAGCGAUGAUGAGUGGCAGGGCAGCAGCAGCUCCUCCUGUCACAAAGAAGCCAAUAGGAUGGAAGAAGGACGAGGUGGUGGUCAGAGACAACAGGCAACAUCAUCGGAGCAGCCGGCAGCUCACCGCUGCAUCAGCUGUGGGAGGUGCUUCCGUCAAAGUGGAAACCUGCUGAAACACAUUGAGACGCACUCCAACGAGCCGCAGCAUCUCUGUGGAUUCUGUGGGGAACGUUGUGAGUCUGCAGACAGUUUCUUCAAACAUCUCAGAGCUCACAGAGAAACAGAUGCCGAUGGCGGCGGCAGGAUGUGUGACAUCUGCGGGAAGACGUUUCAGAACAUGGAGACGCAUAUGAGGAGUCACACCGGAGUCAAACCCUUCAGCUGUGACGUCUGCAGCAAGAGCUUCCCCCGACCAGGAUCACUGAGGAGACACAAGAAGAUCCACAGCCGGAGGACCCCGGACGUGUGUCCGGUCUGUGGAGUCACCUUCACCUGCAACCAGCUGCUGCAGGAUCACCUGAAGGUGCACGACAAGAAUGACGGAGACCAGAGUAAGGACGAGGAGGACGGGCAGUCAGAGAGACCUCAGAGAGCACAGAGACAGAGCUCGUCCUCUCUCUGCUGCAGAGUCUGCGGCGACGCCUUCCAUAGCCGAGGCUUCCUGAGGAAACACGCUGAGAUGCACUGCAGGGACACUCGGAGUGUCUGUGGCGUCUGUGGACAAACGCUGGACUCACCUGACAUCCUGCUGAGUCACCUGAGGACUCACAGAGAGACCAGUGGCACCUGCAGCAUCUGUGGGAAGAGCUUCCAGAACAUGGAGACACACAUGAGGAGCCACACAGGGAUCAAACCGUACCGCUGCAGCAUUUGCAACAAACACUUCCCCCGACCUGGAGCACUGCGGCGCCACAGGAAGCUGCACGGUGGCGAGCGGCCUCACGUCUGUCAGCUCUGUGGGAAGAAGUUCAUCGAGAGCAGCGCCUUAAAGACUCACAGCAGGACUCACUCGUCAGGCGUCCACAAGGACGAGGACUCCAAGCGUCUGCCACCUGAGACAGAGAAGAUUCAAACUGUCACCAAGGUGACGACGCCGAUGUGUCACAGCUGUAAAGUUUGUGGUGAGUCCUUUCAGAAUAAAGGUUGUCUGAGGAAACAUGCCAAGACACAUUCAGCAGAGUCUUCCUGUGGAGUCUGUGGGGAAAGUUUACUGCCGUCAGAGACGCUGAUGGACCACCUGCAGGUCCACAGAGAUGCUGGGAAGAUCUGUCACAUCUGUGGUAAAACCUACCAGAACAUCGAGACGCACAUGAGGAGUCACACCGGUGUCAAACCAUACCGCUGUGGCAUCUGCGGGAAGUCCUUCCCUCGACCUGGUGCCCUGCGGCGCCACAAGAGGAUCCACAGCGGCGAGCGACCGUACAUCUGCGAGUUCUGUGGGAAGACGUUCAUCGAUAACUGCGCUCUUACCACGCACAUUAGAAACCACACCGGAGACAAACCGGCCCAGCGUGUCCCCUGUGAGACCUGCGGGAAGAGCCUGGCAUCGGUCCACGUCCUUGAGGUCCACAAGAGGAUCCACACCGGAGAGAAGCCGUUCCAGUGCCGCAUCUGCGGGAAAGCCUUCAGGCAGGUGGGAGGCCUGAACGCCCACAUGCUAACCCACACCGGGGAGAAGCCGUUCACCUGCAACCUGUGCAACAAGAGCUUCAGCACCAAAGGUUACCUGGAGACACACAUCCGCUUCCACAAGAAGGAGCGAGCAUUCAGCUGUCACCUGUGCUGGAAGGCAUUUGUCACCAAGAACGACCUGAAAAAACACCUGCUGACGCACAGUGGAGAGAAACCCUACAGCUGCCAGCUCUGUGGCAAGAGCUACCAGGAGAAACGCUCCCGAGACGUCCACAUGAAGGUCCACAUGGACACCUGUGCUGCCAAGGAACCAAUCAAGAGUCAGGACGCCCUGCGGCAGGACUUCAUACAGCUGUAGACACACACACCAGUUCACAUACACACACUCACACAUACAGGUUUACAGAUGAAUAUCAAGACUUUAAUCAAAACAAACUUAAUAAAUUAAUCUUCAACUUUUGAACAGUUUCACAGAAAUGUCACUGAUUUUAAUUUUAAGUGUUGUCUAUCUUCUUGAUUAAUAAUCUGAUUUCAUUGUUUCAGUUUGAUUCAUUUGUGUAUAAAAUGUCACACCUCGUGACAUCUUUAACGUUUUCUUCACUUUGCAUCCAGUAGGAAGGAAAACAGACAUCAAGUCUUCUUGGAAAGAAAAUGAGUGAAACGAUCAUCAGUUGGCGAAGAAAUCAAUUAAUUGAUCAGCUGGUGUGGCUCGGUCACUAGAACUUUCUGUUGGGCUGACUGUUCACUUCUCUUUUUCUCACUGAGCUUUUGUUGACGGAUGAAUAAAUCAGCUGGGUGACGAUAAAAUCAUCGCAUCAUACAGAUAAUUUAAUUUGUUACAAUGAGGCCAAAAGAAUCUGAAAAGGUUGUUUAAUCACAAUCAGUCUGAAUCAUUUAUUGUUAUAUUAUCCAGUGUUCACCUUCCUCUUCAUGGAUAAACUGAGCUCUGCAGCGCCUCCUGCCGGAGGGACUCCAGGGAGUCCUUGAAAGUCAUUGAAUAAAUUCCAGAGAUCCUUUAA